UGCUUUUUAUGUGUUACUGAGGAGACGCUGAUCCAAUCUGGAUUCAUCAGUCUUCAAAACGGUAUCGCCAGUAUUUAUAACUUCUUCCACCUUCAAUCCAUUUCACCCUCAAAAUGUCUAAACGACAGCUGCUUAAUGUGCUUCUCAAAGAAAAAUUAACCUCAGUUCCGUUGGAGAUAUCCGUGGCAGUCCAAAAAACGAUGGCAGAGUACCUAGAAGAAAUCUCCCGUUUGAAACGGGCGAAUGCACGUCUAAGAAAAUUGCUGGAUUUGGUUUUUAAACCAGAGAUAAAGUUGCAUAGAUUAGCAGUCCUCCAGCAGCUCAGUCUCACCGAAGAGGAGAUUAACCCAGAGCAGCAGGMAUGGAGCCCUGGUCUGGGUCCAGUGGAGUCUGAUGCAGAAGAGUCUAUAUGGGACUCUUUCAACAUCAUAACUGAAGAGAACCAAACAGAAUCUGAUGGCGAGAGCUACGGUGAGUCCGAAUCAACCAGUGAUUAUGAGCCCCCCUCUGAAGUAAAUGCAGACAGUGACAACAGUGGAAGUCAUAAAGGAAAAAUGGAUGGAGUGGAGAAGAGAAUAUCACUGUCAGGGUUAAAGCCUCUUAAAUCAAAGCGAGGAAGAGGACGGCCAAGAAAAGAAACCAGUGAGUUGCCUGAUCUGAUAUGUGACGUGUGCGGGAAAUGCUUGGCGAAUGAACGUAGUCUGAAAAGGCAUCGGCAAAGCCGGCACAAUAAAGACAGACCCUACAUGUGCGACACAUGUGGACACUGUUUUGCCAUGAACUGCUCCCUGAGGAGGCACAUGAAGAUUCACAUGGAGGAGAGACAACAUGGCUGCAACGAAUGUGGCAAGCGUUUUUUUCACAAGAAAAGCCUGAAAAAUCACAUGGAUACUCAUAAAGGGCUAGUUUUCAAAUGUGAUUUUUGUGGAAAAUGUGUGAYGACAAAAGCAAGUCUGAAACUACAUCGGCGAAUUCACACUGGGGAGAAAUCGCAUCCGUGCAAAGAAUGUGACAAAGCCUUCUACCGUGAGUCAGACUUGAUAAAGCACACGAGAACUCACACUGGGGAGAAACCAUUUCGGUGCAAAGAAUGUGGCAGAUGCUUCGUUGAGAAGGGAACCCUGACAAAGCAUAUGAUGACUCACACAGAGGAGAAACCCCAUCGCUGCAACAAAUGUGGCAGAUGCUUCGGUCUGAAGGGAAACCUGACCGUGCAUAUGAGGACUCACACAGGGGAGGGAGUUCAAUGUCAUCUGUGUGGAACUCACUUGAAAUUAGCAUCAAGUCUGAAAAGACAUCUACAAACUCACAGAAGGAAUAUUCACAAUAACGCACACUCCCCUGGUUCCCACUCGAAGCGUACAUCCUCUUCAAGACCCUGGUGCUUGCCUACGGAGCAGCAAGGGGAACUGCCCCUCCCUACCUUCAGGCUCUGCUCAAACCCCACACCCCAAUCCGAGCACUCCAUUCUGCCACCUCUGGUCUCUUGGCCCCCCCAUCCCUAUGAGGGGCUGGCUCCCGCUCAUACCAGUCAAAGCUCUUCUCUUCCCUGGCACCCAAAUGGUGGAACAAGCUACCCCCAAAUGAAAAUGACUGAAAACCAGGAGCCCCCUCACUAAGUAUCUUAAUUAAUCUUGAUUCCCACAGCCCCCCCCUCAAAAAAUAAAAACAAUA